CUCUAAAUAAUAAAAAUAUAACUAACAUGGCCUGGCUUUUCGGAGGAAAAAAGAAGAAAGCGAAGAAGGAAGCACCAAAGGUAGACGUUAAUGCUACUAAGAAAAAGAUGGAUGACCAAGUCAAGUUUGUCGAAAUGAACAUCAACAAAUACGAAAAGCAAAUUGAUGACAUUAAAACCAAAGCCAAACAGGCAUUGCAGAAGAAGGACAAGAAGAAGGCCAUCAUGUUUAUGAAGAAGAAAAAGAUGUAUGAAGCAGAGAUCUCCAAGCUCGACGGAAUGAGACUCAUGAUGGAGCAGCAAAAAUUAAACAUGGAGAGUCAAAUGAAUAAUAAAAACGUUUUCGAUGUCAUGGCUGAGGGAAAUAGGGCAGUAGAAGAACUUGCCAAAGAAGCUGAUAUUGACAAAUUCGAAGAUAUUAGGGAAAAGCAUGAAGAAAUUGAAGAGAGGAAUGAAGAAAUCAAUGAUUUCUUUGCUAACUAUGCUGAAGACCAAGUUGCGGACUGAGAAGAUGACCUCGCUGAACUUGAAGCUGAGCUAGCAGAGGAAGAAUUGGGUGACGAUAUUAUAGAUAAACCCCUCCCAGCUGCAAAGGUGUCAACUAGAGCUGAAGAACUAGCAAAAGAGGAAGAAGACUUAUUGGCAGAACUCAAUUAAUUAUGUUUCCUUCUCCUAAAUAGUAUUCAAAAUUUGUGUA